AUGGCCGUGGGGUUCCUAGUGCUUGUGUAUUUGUACGAGCCGUACUGGAAGGUGCGCCACGUGCCCGGGCCCGUGCCGCUGCCGUUCAUCGGCCACCUCCACCUGCUGGCGAAGCACGGCCUGGACGUCUUCACUGUGCUCGCCAAGAAGCACGGGCCUAUCUUCAGAUUUCACAUGGGAAGGCAGCCAUUGAUCAUCGUAGCCGACGCAGAGCUCUGCAAGGAGGUGGGCAUCAAGAAGUUCAAGAGCAUGCCUAACCGGAGCUUGCCUUCGCCCGUCGCCAAUUCUCCAAUACACCGGAAAGGCCUCUUCGCUACAAGGGAUUCGAGGUGGUCAGCGAUGCGAAACGUUAUCGUCUCGAUCUACCAGCCGUCGCACCUCGCCGGGCUGAUCCCGACCAUGGAGUCGUGCGUCGAGCGCGCUGCGACGACGAACCUCGACGACGGCGAGGAGGUCGUCUUCUCCAAGCUGGCGCUGAGCCUCACCACUGACGUCAUCGGGCAAGCGGCGUUCGGCGCGGACUUUGGCCUCUCGGGAAAGCCGGUGGUGCCCGACGACGAUGAUACGAACGGUUCAAUUGAUAAGAAAACACUAAUACGACCUCCUUUUGCUUGUCACAUUAGACUUGACCCCUUUAUGAUUUCGUCCAAGCUCUACCACUAA